CUUUUUGCGACCCCUAUUUUUUGAUCUGAGUAUUAAGCCUAGUACUCAGAUCGAAAAAAAGGGGUCGCAAAAAAAAUCAGGGAUGAUAUUCGUAUGGAACCGAUAAGAAAGUCUUGUGCGCACAAGUUGUUUUCUAGCGGCUCCUCGCCAGGCAGUACUCAGAUCAACAAAAAAACGGAAAAAAUCUAGAAAGUCAGACGAUAGUAUUUUGUGGUAUCGAUAGUCUUUCUGUGGUUUUGAUAGUUUUGUGUGGUAUUCGUGUGGUAUGUUGCUAGCAGCUCGCAAAUUAAAGAUUUGAUUUAAUUUCCACGAGGUAGAAAGUAACUGUAACUGACAACAUUACACAAAUGUCAUCAAAUGGAGAGAAAGAAGGCGAAACCCAACAGACGGCUGGGCGAAUUUACUGACGACAGCAAAAUUAAAUUUAUAAAGGAGGUGGAAAAAAACGAAUGUAUCUGAACCUCAGCCACAAGCAACAUUUCGAUGCGAAUGCCCUAAAAUGCGCUGGGAGUCUGUGGCAGCUGAGAUGAAUAAAGAUAUUGAGACGUGCAGAAAUGGAUGGAAGUCUCUGAGGGACAGCUACCGGUACCAUGUCAAGAGAGUCGCCAAGAGUGGAAGUGCUGGAGGAGUUCCCAUUGAAGGUCCAGUUGCGAGUGAUAGCAUUGAUUGGAGGUUCGCUCCACACAUGGAGUUCCUACCCGACCUUUCCUCUCAAAGACGAACGUUCUCCGCGUCAAGCUCGUUCGCCCACGACACUCCGGCUCAACUCUAUACCGAAAUCGUUGACACGGAUGAAAGCAGCUGGAUCGAUAGUGAGAAAGGCUUGGAGAGGGAGUUGAGCGACCAAAGCAGUUGGGAAAGUUCCACUCCUCUUCGAACCCCUUCGCCCAAUGUAGCAUGUUUUUUGCGUUCCAUUGGGGAAAUUCAUUUGACAGAGCAAUGCAUAGGGCUUCACACACUUUUACGAUUACAACUCCAAAAUGUUGUUUGCUAAUCCGAUAUGCGCUGGAAACGUGGAGCUGCAAGUCACCAGAAGCAAGAA